UCACAAAUCAGUUAUCUAUUUAGAAGAUUUUUCUAGAGAGAAAGCAACGUUUCAACAUGUUUAUUCUGAUGUCCUUGAUAUAUUCGUUACUUAGCGUGGCUAGUACUCAAAUGGUAUCUUCCCCCGACCAUGAUCAGCAUAUCACACGAACGGAAUUUUUAGCAUUAAAACAACAACAGAAGGAAUCAAUUCAUUUGCUGACGUCGAUUCAGCAAACCGUAAAAUCGUUACAAUCGCAGGUUAGUGCAAUUGGCGCCAAAACAUAUAUACUGGAUUCAAACGAACGCGUACGAUCUAAUGCUGUUGACGUUUUAUAUAACAAAACUUUGGAAACGCAAACAGUAUUAAAUAGACUGGAAGCUCAAACAUUCCGAUUGAAUGAGCGAGUUGAUUAUAAUCUGAACGAGACAGCUACCCAUGCGGACACCCUACUAGAAGUAGCCCGUAAGGAAACUGAGACCCGUAACAUAUUAGAUAAAAAGUUGGCAUUGAGUCAGGAGAAAGUGGCAGUAACAGCGUGUGUUUCUGUUGAUGGUGAUCGUCAUAGUGGUCAGACAAUCAAGUUUGACGAGAUUCGAUCACACACUGGUAUACUAAACUUGUCAGCAAUACGGUCGUCUGGAGUUUUUACUGCAGAAAAACCUGGAUUAUAUCAUAUAACUGUGGUGAUCAACGGCAGAAAAUCAAACGCACAAUUUUCUAUUCAUAUCAAUGGAAAUUCAUUAUCCACCUUGCGCAUGUCUAGUGAUGAAACAAUAGCGACCGGUACUUCCGUUGUUGCGGCUGAGUUGCAAACUGGUGACAUUGUAGCAGUAGCUGCUGAUUCUACGUUUCAAGUAUAUUUUCAUUGGUCCUGUCUUACAGUCGUAAAAAUCAAUUGAAUUCACUAUCAUCUUACA